CAAGGUCGUAGAAUGAAACGGCGCGCAGCUUCCAGCGAACCUGACUUUUUAGCUGUCCUAGUGAACUGGAAUGCUUAAACCGCACGCCAAAAUCCAAGACUUUUUCCUUCAAAUCUCAUUGGUUCGCACAUAGUCUCGCCCUAAGACCAUUCCUCAUGUAUCACAAGUUUAAAUACAGUUUCAACCAAGUCUACAGUAUUUAAAUGUCUGUCAAUUUAUGGGAGGAUUCUGAUUCGGAUGACAACCUACCAGCGGAAUGGGAACAAACUAAUCAGGAUAAUUUCAUUACCUACUACAAUCGUUUGACUGGGCUUUCUCAAAGGCCUCAUCCAAUUUCAGGCAACAUUAAACAAUUACCAAAUGUGUUGCCUAAAGGUUGGUCUUCGUGUUCCGAUAGAUCUGGAAGAACAAUUUAUUUAAAUUUAGAAACUGGCUGUUCAACUUAUUCCGAUCCUCGACUUGCUGCUGCUCGGUUGAUCCACACUGCAAAGUCAAUUAGAAGUACCCAACUUAAAUUUGACAAAUUCUCAAGUGUAAAUGAUAUUCUAUUGAAUAAAGAUCUCCGUGGGUUUUACGUUGUUGUUACAAAUUCAGGAUGUGGUCUUGGUUUAUCGAUCGCUGUUCAUCUCGUCCAAUGUGGAGCUACUGUUAUAUGCGCUUGUACUAAAUGUCCAAAAAAUGCUAUUCCUGUAUUUGACAAAACGAAGGCAUAUUAUGAAGGCAAUAUCAUUGUAGACUUAACUUUAAAGUCAAAUAAUAAAGAAUCAGGUCGACUUUAUUGGAUACCGUAUAAUCCUUUAGAGUUACGUAGCAUCAUACAAUCCGUUCACUCAUUGAACUGGCCUGUUCAUGCGUGUAUCAUAACUGAUGAUUUGCUCCCUCCUUUCUCUGGGUGGAAUUUCUUUCAGUCUUUUAAAAGGAUAGUGUCUUGUUUGCGUGCAAUGAUUCCUCCUAAAGUUUCAUCCUGGUUUAAAUCUAUUUUCAAGUUUGUAACAAACUAUGAGAUACAAGUAUUCAAUUGGUUUGGGAAAAAAAUAUUUCCUGCAUGGAUUCCUGCUUAUUCAUGCGAAUGUUCAUUUAAACAUUUUCCAUGUUUAACUUCUGACGGAUUUGAAGUAUCAAUGCAAUGUAAUUAUUUAGCUCCUGCCUUAUUUUUGGAACGAUUGUUAAAAGCGAGAUUUGUUGAUUCUUCACCUUCUCUUUUAACUACUUCACCAGAAAAAACAUUUGACAGCUCAACUAUGCGUGUGGUGAUAGUUUCAUCAGAGAUUCACAAAGAGAGUAAUUUGCAACACUGUAUUAAAAAACUGGAUAUACCAAAGAUGUUUCAGACAAUCCCAACAUUAUUGCAUGACACCAUGAGACAAUAUGCGAAUUCCAAACUAUGUAUGUUAUUAUUUAUUCGUGAAUAUCACCAACUUAUCCGUCAUUUUAGUGAAACUAGCACAAAUUUAUCCACUAUACCUACGAUAUUUACUUGUACUGGAUGUGAUCCAUUUAGUGUGUAUUGCAGCAAAAAAUUCUUAGUGAAUCUUUAUUACUGGUCUAUCAAAAAUCCAUUGCUUUUGAUAUUACAAAUUGUAUACCUUUUAUCAAGACCAUUUGGUAUGUCUUUGAAUCAAGUGAUUGCUAAUCCUGUACUUUGUGCUGUUCACAAAGUUACAACUUUGCAACAAUCGAUAACUGGUCAUCCUAACCAGAUCCCAUAUUUUGAUAAAUGUCGACCUUCCACUACAUUGUUAGAUGAUCUACCAGUUUUUGAAUUGGAUUUUUUAUCCAAAACUAUAUUUACCGACACCAUGAAUAUUUUUUGUAAAUUUGAAUAAUAAAAAUGUAAAUACUUUAAGUGAAGACAAUUUUUUCUCUCCUUUCGUGUUCAUGUGUUAGAAAUGUCUUGAAUGUUGUGAAGUUAUUAUUCAAUGUACCUUUAAAGUCACUUGCUUUUAUUGUCGAAUUCGUUUUUCAUUCCUUAAAUGAAAACACACCUGCUCGUUUAUCAUAUGUAUUGAUCUCGAAUUUAUUCAGUUUUUAAAAACAACCUUUGUUACUAUGAACAGUGAAUAUUUGGGAUAGUGAUAAACUCAAGAUGCUACCGAUUUAUGGUGUACAUGCACAAAAAUACCUAGAAAAAUUGAUGUUAUGCAGAAUGAUUAAUAAUUCGAUCAAUCAAACAAAUGUCCUGAUCCUAUCAUUAGAUGUAGCUAACAAGUAUAAAUCGUCGUAGGGUUGACUUCAAUGACCAGUAGUAUCAUCUGACUCGAUAUCAAUCUAACCACAGGAAGUUUGUGCUCCAAAUUUCCUUGAAAUGACACAAAACAUCCGAAUUCGCCUCUGUACUGCGGUUUUCCAGCCGUUAUCAUCUACCAAUUUAAAAUUUUACUCGAGUUCUACAAAAGUCAGUGUUUCUUACUUUUGAAGAAUUAAGGUCGUUUUCUUAUAUUAAG